AUGUCGGACUACGUUCUGCUGGCAGCCCAGGCGCGGGUGAACCUGACCGGUGACGCCACAACGCCGGCCGGCGUCCGCCCCACCACUAUUCCGGCAGUGACGCUGCGUCUGAUUUACGAUCUAGAUGCAUUGGCUAAAAUUCCCGUCGACCCUGACAUUACGCCGCCACCUGUAGGCGACCCCCAAAAGCGACGUCCUAGCGAGCCGGAGGAGGACUCUUCGUCUAGCGAUGAGGAGGAGGAACCCCAGCCCGGCCCGGGACCUAGACGCCAACGUCGGCCGCUCACUCGAGCCGAGAGGGAUCGAAGAGAGAUAGAGGAGGCGUUGGCCGAGGACGAACUCGAGGAUAGGCUGCACGCGAGCGUCCCGCGAGGAGAGUUUACGGCGGCUGAGUUUGUGGUCGAGGAUCUGAAGAAUAGCGACAUCGAAGUGCUGAUAGCCAAUGCCCCUCGCCACACGGAGACACUCGAGGAAGGAUCGUCGCUGCGGCAGUACAUAUCGUGGAUACUAGACUACAAGCGGUGGGCGGUGGAUGCUCUUCCGUCAGAAGGUGACGACCUGGAGCCGGGGUCCAUACUCACUGACAAGGACAAAAUCGGCAAGCACAUCGGCGAUGAUUUGGGCGAACGUUGGCAUACCGCCCCGCGCCAGUUCAUCUGGUUGCACGGCCCGAGGACCAACGAGCCUCGAAUUCGCUCUUACGUCUUGUUCAGAUCGCGAGAGACCCUCAUCGAGGCAAUGAGGAGCGAAGAGGGCAACACCGCCAUGCGCACGCAGCCGAUCAAGCCUUGCACGGUCAACAUGCUACUCGGCCGCAUUAAGGCCCUUCAGAUGGCGGCCAAGAUAGAGGCGACCCUGUACAAGGAGAAGGAGCUGCACAUCAUGCAGGACAUCUUGGUCGUCCGCACGGAAGUGCGCGUCAUGGUUCGCGGAAAGAACAAAGCCGACACCAACGUACGCGAGAUCACGCUCGCCGACAUCUUUCUGUACCGCCUUGCUAGCGGGUCGUCAGUGAACCCUGACAACCGGCCAAUGGUCAUGGUCAUCGCGCAGCGCAACUCGAAGACGUGCAAGGACGCCUGUCUUCAUCACAGCUACGCGGCAAGGCACUUAGAGGCGGAACUGUGUGUUUUGGGCGAUACAAUCCUCUGGCUGCACUUCAUCUACGACCAUGUCCCCCAGAUCUUCGGCGUCCCCAUAAUUCCGCCGCUGGACGUACGCCGACCGGAGCUCUGGUACGACAAGCAUCUCUUCUUCGCCCGCUACGAUAAGGAUCAGGGUUUGCUGCCGUCGUCGAGCCAGCAACGAAUCACUCGGCAGCUGUGGACGGCCAACAAGGCGGAAGAGCUCGCACAAGGGCCUGAGGCGAACACGGCUGCGGUGCACUUCAUCCAGACCAUGCUGGAUGCACGCCGCAUUGCGGCCGAGGACCUCGCGGCGUGGGCGAAGGACAUUGAGAAGAUUGACACCGAGACGAUCGCCAAGCGCCGGUCGCCGAUCCCGACCCAGCCAGCUGAAAUCUCAGCCCGCUUGGACGCCGAAUUUCAGGUCGACCUUCUGAACGAGACACUGGCCCACGAGAGGCACAAAGCGACGCUCAAGCAGAUGAAGGUGGAGAAGGAGCUCGAGGAGGCGCGUGCUGCUAUCGCGGCGAGGGACGCCGAGAUCUCCCGGCUCAUGGAGGAGCUCAAGAUCUCCGAGGCACGUAGGGCGCCAGCGCCACAGGCGCCUUCUAGGCCAAUGACCCUGGAAGAGGAGGCAGCUGCGGCCGCUAAGCAUGCUCAGUUGGACGCCGACGCUCACUACGAGGCCCUGGUUUUUGACCCAUGGAGAAAGGCCGAGACUGUGGCAGAGGCCUGGCGCUUCUGA